UACUUCUGCACUUAUCGUCGUUUACCAACACAUAGAUUUUCUUGAGCACUCGCCACGUAAAAAGUGGUUCGAUUUAGGAUUUUUAAAAUACCUGACAUACAAUAUAAGAUUUAACCAUGGCUCCUCCACAGAAGGGAAAACAGGGCACCAAAGGAGCCAAGCAAAUCGUAGAGGAAAACAAGACCACUCUGGCCUUCUACAGGAAUAUGGCUAUCGGCUGUGCCACUACGUCUCUACUGAUAAGUUUUCUAGUCUUCGAGAUCACUAAAACGGUUGUGUUCAUGCACAUACUGGCCCUCUUGAUCCUUGGUGGUGCUUACCAGUUUAUGUUCUUCAUGUCGCGGCCGAAGUACUCAGAGAGCGGGAGUCUUCUGGACUCUGGAAACGAUCUGAACAUGGAGGGCGGCAUAGCAGAAAAUGUGAAGGACCUUAUUAUUCUAACUUCGGGAACGCUUCUGCUAGCUUUAAUCUCCAACUAUUUCUGGCUGGUGCUGCUCCUGGCGCCCCUCCGAGCGGGUUGGAUGCUGUGGGGAUCAAUCAUCCAGCCCUGGCUGUCGCAACGCAACGCUCAGGAAGAGAAUCCCGAGGUGGACGAGAAGAAACAGAAGAAGAUGGAGCGCAAGAUGCGGCGCAUGAGAUAGAAGGCCCCAACUGGUCAUCCACUAUUUUAAUGAGAUUCUACGUUUACUCGUGUGUGUCCGGAGCUUGGAAGUUGUUAAAAUCUUAAAUUAAACUGCUCAAGACAAAACACAACCCAGGGUUUUGGUUAGUUAAAGCAUUUUGUGCGGUUUAAUUGCAAUGAAUUCGCUAUGUUGGCAGAAAUACUGUGACCCCUGUCCAAACUUAAAUUUUUUGGUGCAUUGUAUAUAUAUACUUGUGUGUAACAUUAAGUCAUGUGUGCACCUAAUCAACAGGAACAAGUGCAGUGAGAGAAAUUAUGAAAUUAAGCAAAAUAAUAAAAUAAGCUUUUGCAACAA